UCAUCGAUUUUCCUCGCCGCGAACGUCACGCACGUCAUUUUUCCCCGCUGUGUUUGUAGUUUUUUAUUUGCAAAAAGUGCCCUGCCCAAAAUACUUUUCAUCAAAAAUCUCGAGGAGGCCGUGUGAAACAGCGAGGACAUGCAGACGAUCAAGUGCGUGGUUGUGGGCGACGGAGCCGUGGGUAAAACCUGCCUCCUGAUCUCCUACACGACCAACAAAUUCCCCUCAGAGUACGUUCCAACUGUCUUCGACAACUACGCCGUCACGGUGAUGAUCGGCGGCGAGCCCUACACCCUGGGCCUCUUCGACACUGCCGGCCAGGAGGACUACGACAGACUCCGGCCGCUCUCCUACCCCCAGACAGACGUCUUCCUGGUGUGCUUCUCCGUCGUCAGUCCCAGCUCCUUCGAGAACGUCAAAGAGAAGUGGGUGCCGGAAAUAACGCACCACUGCCAGAAGACGCCCUUCCUGCUCGUGGGCACGCAGAUUGACUUGCGCGACGAGAGUGGAACGCUGGAGAAGCUGGCGAAGAACAAGCAGAAGCCCAUCACGAUGGAGCAGGGCGAGAAGCUGGCGAAGGAGUUGAAAGCUGUCAAGUACGUCGAGUGUUCCGCUCUGACUCAGAAAGGGCUCAAGAAUGUCUUCGACGAGGCAAUUCUGGCGGCUCUCGAGCCACCGGAGCCGUCGAAGAAGAGGAAGUGCAAAUUCCUGUAAGGAACAGCCACAAGAGGAGAAGCUUUUCAAGAGGAUUCAUGAGAGGAGUUCGUGGAACAUUUUUUCUUUCAUUUUCUUUUCCUUGCGUAGAUGAAAAAGCAACAAAUUCACUUGAGAAAUUGCAUUUAAGAGAUAGACUUUUGAGAAGGGAUAAAUGUUUUGCUCUGCUGGCAAUAAAAAAAGAAAGAGAUUUUUAUUAGCAAUUUUACAAAGCAUUUGAAAAUGCAAAAAUUUAUCUUUUAUUUUCGGGUUUUAGUUGAAAAAGGAAAAAGAAAAAUUGUAAUAAGAGAUUUCAGUUGAUUUUUAAGCAAAUUUAGUUGGAGAAACAUUUUUAGCAAAACGUUGGAAAAAAAGUAGAGCCAGAGAAAAUGAUAUGAUUUUUGAAGAAGAAGAAAAAAAAGACACAAAACAGAAGAAGAGAAAAAGAACCUUUUCAAAGCCGAUAAAGAUAUAAAUGGAAAAAAAUGAGUAAUACAAAAAUGCCUUGUUCUUUUUUACAACAAUUCAUCUUGUAAUUUCAUACUUGAACUAAAGAAGAAAAAGAAGAAAACGAUGAAAUUAGGAAAUAUUUAAGAUGAUAAGGAAUGAAGGAGAAAAACUGCAUAAAAGUUAUAUUUUACUAAUUUUUCAGGAAGCGAAGAAGAAGAAGAAGAAAAGAAUCAGUAAAAAAAUGUAGUUAUUUAUAGGAAGAAAAAAAAAUCAUGAAACUAUAUUCAUAAAUUAACAUUAAAAGAAAAUAUUGAAUAAUUUCAUGCAAUAUCAAGUCGCGAAAGAUGAACUUUCGAUUAGUGGUUAAAAUAGCGAGAAAGAGAGAGAAAGUAAAGCAAACUUAUAAGAAUAUUUACAUUUAAAGUUUAAAUUUAGAGGAAAAUCAAUGACUUUGGAAUUAAUUUGCAUGGCUCAGUAUUUUUGUUUUUGGAGAAAAAUUCACCUCUAGAUCUUAAGUUUUCUACUUUUUAGUGUCUUUUAUAGAAGAAAUCCCAAUGAUUUUCUUUUGUCGUCUAUAUUUUGUGAGCCAAGAAAAACCCAGUAAGAGAGAAUUCUUUACGAGAGCUUCUAAGAGUGGGGGAUUUUCCGGGGGCAGAAGAGGAGUGUUUCCCGGACAUAAAUUCAUAUCGCCAGGGGAAAUUCUCAGUCUUCCACUCUCUGGAUUUGCGGAGGGAAAAUCUGGUGGCAGGUGAAAAAUCGGGAGGUAUUUUUAAUUGUAAAUAUUCUGUAAAAUUAUUAUAUAAUCAAUUACACAAGAAAAAGAUAAAGAAAAAAAAUACACUUUUUGCUAAAAACAUUGACAACA